UCUCGAUUCUUUGCCCCUUCUCCUCCGCUUCGACAAUUCUCCAGAAAGAUAAAAACUUUUCGCCCAAGGAUUAGAAUCUAGGGUUUUAUUCUCCUGGGCUCGUAUCGAAUCCAGAUCGGGGAUGGAGAGGACGAGCAAUGGAGGGAUGUUGUACCACGAGGUGCAAGAGUCGAAUCUGUGCGCCGUACAUUGCGUGAACACGGUUUUGCAAGGGCCUUUCUUCUCCGAGGUUGAUUUGGCGGCUGUCGCCUCCGAUCUCGAUCGGAAGGAGCGUCAGAUGAUGCUCGAAGGCUCCGCCGCCGUGGGUGGGUUUUCCGCCGGCGAUUUCUUCUCCGAGGAGUCGCAUAAUGUCUCCCUCGGCGGAGAUUUUAGUAUCCAGGUCUUGCAGAAGGCUCUGGAGGUGUGGGAUCUACAAGUGGUUCCCCUAAACUGCCCGUCUGCCGAGCCAGCCGGGAUAGACCCGGAAUCCGAAAACGCCUUCAUAUGCCAUUUGCAUGACCACUGGUUCUGCAUAAGGAAAGUGAACGGUGAAUGGUACAACUUUGACAGCCUCCUGGCUGCUCCACAGCACUUGUCCAAGUUCUACCUCUCUGCGUUUCUCGACUCCCUUAGAGGCUCGGGUUGGAGCAUAUUCCUCGUGAAGGGUAAUUUCCCGCAAGAAUGUCCGGUUUCAUCCUCUGAGGCUUCAAACGGUUAUGGGCAAUGGCUUUCACCGGAAGAUGCAGAGAGAAUGACGAAGAGUAUGAACUCGGGUGAGGCUGGUACGAACAGGAGCACUGAGAGUGUUGAUCAAAGAAGAUCGGAUCAAGCCUUGUCAAUGGAGGAAGUUCGGAUGCUCUCUGAAAUGGAAGAUGACGACUUGAAAGCAGCGAUUGCAGCCAGUUUGCUGGAUGCUUCGGCGGCAGAGGCCAGUCUAGGAGGAGCUGUGGCUGUUCAGACUGAGAAGAACAAAAGUGAAAGAGAGCAGUGAGAACACUUGUGAUUCAUUGGCUGAGAAAAAAACAAUACAGUGCUUGUUGUUGUUUUUGAUGGGUUUAUUUUACACAAAAUCUUAUAUUGAGAGAAGAGAUGGAAAUGGACAAAAACACAUCGUAAUGUUGAGUUUGUGAAU